AACCAGGAGGCCAGUUGGUUACAGGUAAGUUCCAUAUUGACUAGGAUUCCGUACUCAUUGACAUGGAUAACGUCAUUGUAGCAAGAUUUGAUGGCAGAGGAAGUGGAUUCCUGGGUCUGAAAAUUUUGCAGGAGAUUCAUCGAAGAUUAGGUUCAGUAGAAGUAAAGGACCAAAUAACAGCUGUGAAAUUUUUGCUGAAACUGCCUUAUAUUGACUCCAAAAGAUUAAGCAUUUUUGGAAAGACAUCUGCAGUGUAUCAUGCCUUUGCAGUAUUCUACGCUUGUUGUCAACAAUAUUCAACAGAUAA